AUUUUGGAUUUGGAAAUUUCUAUAAGAGUGGUGAGCCUCUGACGACAUGGUGUGGAAGCCCACCGUAUGCAGCCCCAGAAGUCUUUGAAGGACAGCAAUACGAGGGACCCCAGCUGGAUAUCUGGAGCAUGGGUGUAGUUCUUUAUGUUUUGGUCUGUGGAGCGUUACCUUUUGAUGGACCAACUCUCCCCAUACUGAGGCAACGAGUUCUUGAAGGAAGGUUCAGGAUCCCUUAUUUUAUGUCAGAAGAGUGUGAACAUCUGAUUAGAAGAAUGUUGGUCCUAGACCCAUCCAAACGGUUAACUAUUGCUCAGAUUAAGGAGCAUAAGUGGAUGCUUAUAGAAGUUCCUGUACAGAGACCUAUUCUUUAUCCACCAGGAGAGGAGAAUGAGCCUUCCAUUGGAGAGUAUAAUGAACAGGUCUUACGGCUAAUGCACAGCCUUGGAAUAGACCAACAGAAAACUAUUGAGUCUCUGCAGAACAAGAGUUAUAACCACUUUGCUGCUAUCUAUUACUUGUUAGUGGAAAGACUCAAGUCACAUCGGAGUAGCUUCCCCGUGGAACAGAGACUUGAUGCUCGCCAGCGUCGGCCAAGCACCAUCGCUGAGCAGACAGUAGCCAAGACACAAGCUGCGGUACCCUCAGUUAACUUGCAUUCACAAAAUGCAAGGUUGUUGCAGUCUCCGGGUCUUCCCUCAGCCUCAGGAGCAGACGCCUUUUCAUUCCCUCCAUCCAGCUGCCAGGGAGAGACAGCGUUUAUGGAGGAAGAAAGAGUUGAGACACCAAAGAUAAAUGGCUGCCUGCUAGAUCCUGUACCUCCUGUGGUGAUUAGGAAAGGAUGCCAAUCGCUACCUACCAGCAUGAUGGAAACUUCAAUUGAUGAAGGAAUAGAGACAGAAGGAGAGUCAGAAGAUGACCCUGCACAGGCAUUUGCAGCCCUCCAAGCAGCUCGCUGUGGGAAACGACGUCACACUCUGGCAGAAGUUACCAAUCAGCUGGUGAUGAUGCCAGGCACAGGGAAAGUCUACUCAUUGGAUGAAAACGCAUCUCUGGGCAGUAUUGAUUCAGAGUAUGGCAUGGGAUCCAUUCAGAGAGAUAUUAAAUUCCUGGAAGAUACCCCUUCCUUGAAAGAAAUGGUGCUAACUAACCAACAAGCACCCAGAAUGACAACACCUUUCAUAGGUCUGAGACCUGCUAAUCCAGCCAUGCAAGCACUCGCCUCCCAAAAGCGAGAAACCCACAACCGCUCUCCUGUCAGUUUCCGAGAGGGGCGCAGAGCUUCCGACACAUCCCUCACACAAGGAAUUGUAGCAUUUAGACAGCACCUCCAGAAUCUGGCACGAACCAAAGGAAUCCUGGAACUGAACAAAGUUCAGUUGCUGUAUGAACAGAUGGGAUCAGAAGAAGAACCCUCUCUGACAUCAACUGCCACCCAGUUUCAGGACCUCAUUAAUAGUCCUCCAGAGGAGGAAGCAUCUCAGCAGCAGCAGGAAGCUGCAUCUGCUUUCCCUAAUGGUGCACAUCCCCCAUUGUUAUCCAGACGGCAGAGCUUAGAAACACAAUACUUACAACACAGGCUCCAGAAACCCACUCUACUAUCAAAGACUCAGAAUACUUGCCAGCUGUACGGCAAAGAAUUGCCCCGGAGUCUGGAACAGCAGUUACAGGAACACAGGCUGCAUCAGAAGCGACUCUUUCUCCAGAAGCAGUCCCAGCUGCAGGCCUAUUUUAACCAGAUGCAAAUAGCUGAGAGCUCAUACCCAAGGUCAAGUCAACUGCCAAUUUCAUGCCAGGAGGAGCAACAACAGCAGCAGCAACCAACCCAGUUCAGCUUGCAGCAGCCUCUGAGCCCUGUGAUGGAGCCUUCCUCAGAACAAAUGCAAUACGACCCCUUUCUCAGUCAAUACCAGAAGGUACAGCUGGAUCCACUGCCACCCUCCCAGAUCACCAGCUCCUCACGGUUGUCAUCACCAGUUCAGGUGCAGCAGCCGCCACAGUCCCUACAAUAUUCAUAUCAGACUUGUGAAUUGCCUGUUGUCACCUCUUCUGAGCCAGACUACCCAGACCAAUGCCAGUAUUCCAUGGACCCAGCACAACAGAGCAGUGUAGCAUUGCCUGACAGCCAGAGCAGCUCAGCGUCUCACGAGUCCCAGUCAAACUAUGAUGCAUUAACCCUCUCAGAAUUGCCUGGACUCUUUGAUUGUGAAAUGAUGGAGACUGUAGAUCCCCAGCACAGUGGCUAUGUCCUGGUGAAUUAA